GUCUCGAAACUGCACCUGCCGUUCCUAAUUCUAAAAGGUUCGUAAGCAGAAUUUGGAAGCACAACGCAGAAAACACUGAAUUCAAUUAUCAAAUGAGGACAGUAGUCUCGCGCUUGAUCCAUUCCACGCCCUCCAUUUCCAGGCUCAAUGCAAUAGCUGUUUCAAAGAACGGGAGAAAUCUCUCCACGGACUCUUCUAACAAGGUGGAUGAGCCCUUUAAAGUUGAAGAAGCAGAGACCGUAAAUGUGCCCCCACCCCCAACAGAGAAGUUGCUUGUGUUGGGAGGCAAUGGAUUUGUUGGAUCACACAUUUGUAGAGAAGCCUUAGGUCAUGGUUUGUCUGUUGCGAGUCUUAGCAGGUCUGGUAGGUCAUCCCUGCAUGAUUCCUGGGCUAGCAAUAUAACCUGGUAUAGAGGGAAUCUCCUUUCAACUGAUUCAUUAAAAGAAGCUCUGAAUGGGGUCACUGCUGUUAUUUCAUGUGUCGGUGGUUUUGGCUCGAACUCAUACAUGUACAAAAUUAAUGGGACUGCUAACAUCAAUGCAAUUAGAGCAGCUUCAGAUCAAGGUGUUAAAAGAUUUGUCUAUAUCUCUGCCGCUGACUUCGGUGUAGUAAAUUACUUACUGCAGGGAUAUUAUGAAGGAAAGAGAGCUGCUGAAACAGAGCUUCUGACCAGAUUUCCUUAUGGAGGAGUAAUUCUGAGGCCAGGAUUUAUUUAUGGGACUCGAAGUGUUGGGAGCAUGAAGAUACCCCUUGGUGUAAUUGGAUCUCCAUUGGAAAUGGUCCUGCAACAUGCUAAACCAUUGAACCAGAUCCCACUUGUUGGGCCUCUAUUGGCACCUCCUGUCAAUGUUACUGCGGUGGCUAAAGUUGCUGUUAGAGCUGCUACUGAUCCUGUUUUCCCUCCGGGGAUCAUAGAUGUCUAUGGAAUACAACGAUACAGUCAGCAUAAAUCAAAGUAGAAUUAUCUUCAUUUUAUUUUCUGGGUAAAUCUGAUUUGGGGCGGUUUGCCUCUGAAUUUCCGUGUUACUAUUGUUAAACUGAGAAGGAGAAUAUUUCUCCAUGCCAUUUCUUUGACAGAAUAAUAUCUGAAAGUGCGUGUUUGUAACCAUAGAUAAUUCUUUCCAAUAUCCUCAAUUCCAGUAUGUCAUCUUUUUUAUGAA